CGGAUGUCUGACAACAGUAGACAUGGCGACGGAAAAACAAUCCGGGGCAACCAACAGCUGUCAGUCGGUGUGAAGCCGAUCGAAACCUAUCCACAUACAGCCGGAUUCUCUCUAGCCCGAUAUCCGGAAUGUCCCGCCAGCUGUUUCCCAAGGGCAAGGAUAGAGGCACAACCAAGAUCAAGAUGAAGGGCAAGGAGAAGAAGAAGGAGAAGGAGAAGGAGGAGGACGAGGAUGGCUCGCGGAGGGGUCGGGUGCGGAGAAGGAGUAGGCGCCAGUCCGCAGGAGACGACGAUCCAUCCGAGGGUUUGGUUGACAAGCGCCUAACUGGCGAAGAGCGGCCGAGCAGCAUAUCCGGGGAACGACUUGGUAGCGAUUUCACCGCCCUCACGGAUCGCGCCAGCGAUGCCAACGAUGGCAGCAGCAUGGGUCCGGGGGAUGACAAUGGGAGAAGGGCACACCCUGGCAGUAGCGAGAAGCAUAAGAGGUCCUCCAAGUUCCGGCUGAACUUCUCCGUUAUGAAAUCGGGCAGCAUAGGUGGCGGGACCAAGUCGCGCACUGCCAGCACCACAAAGAUCACCACUGGGGCAUCGCUCAUUCCGGAUCUGAAUCUGAUCAUCAACCGGAUGCGCAACAUGCCGGAUGACUCGUUCGUCUACAUGGACUACAUGCUGCCCCACGACAGCGAGUACUUCACGCCGUACAGCCUGCGGGAGGUGGAGUACAAGGAUCUGAACACCUACGAACCCUUCUACACCGUCACCCGCCACGGCGUCACCUUCUGGCACUGCUCCGAGAACUUCUUCACCCCGCUGGACCAGUGGCAGCAGGAGUUCAAGCAGUUCCUCAGCAUCAUCCAGAUACGAUCCUUCUCCAUCUUCCGGCUGUGGAAGGGAUUCAAGGUAUGGGAAAAGACGAUCAAGUGGCGGAAGCUGAACGAGGCACGGGAUUUUCUGCAGAACAAUCUCUUCAUCGUGAUCCCCCAGCUGGCCAAAGCGAUUCUGCGCAUGCGCAGCGAUAUUGUGCAACUGCAGCGAUUGAACUUCGUCAAUGUGUCCAACAUCGAGAACUGGCAUCCGUUCUACUUUCUGGAGAUGCACAUGCGCAUCUAUGAGCAGCUGCACAAGACCUUCACCGACUUCCGGGAGUUUAUUGCCAAGACGAUAUUUCGAGCCUGCACGGAUGCCAUCCAGGCACGUGGCUUCUAUCCGGAUGACGAGGUCAACUACUAUCCAUCGCUGAAAAAGAUGCGUGAGGCGCACAGCUUUAUGGACCGAGCACGGAAGAGGGCCUUCUGCAAAACCCUGACCAAUUUUCUCACCUACUGCGACAUGAUGGUGUACCAAAUGCUGUACCGCAUCACGAUCAAAAGCUUUGACGAUUUGGCCACGUCCUUCGAGGUGCACGACGAAGUUGGUCCCUCGGAGGCGGAUAUCAAUAAACAUGAUCGGGUGGACAAGCGGAUCGAGAAGCAGCGACCACCGGACAAGCCGCAAAGUCCAUUCUUCUUGGCCAUGUUGCGUCUACUGCCCGAUCGCAUUGAUGUCGAGCCCUCGGAGGAUAUUAUCAGGAUUAUAUUUCAGCGCAUCACAGGACUCAUUCUGGAGACGGUCCUUGAAAUCCACCCGUUCACCACAGAUCCCUUCUUUACGCAGUACACUCAACCCUCGAUCAUGGGACGCCAGGAGGAGGUGCUAUACGAAGGUGCUCCCGACUUGCACUACCUACUGCGCGCCGAUCAGGGAUUUCAGUUUAACCGCAAAAAUAUGUUCAUUCUGAUCCGAAAAGCUUAUGACAGGGCGCGACUUUAUACGCAGAGGUUCCAGCAAAUCCGCGAAAACUUUGAGAUCGACAAUAGCACAGAUCCCACGGUUCUCAAUACGGAAAAAGAUCUUCAGAUAUUGCGAGCAUACUGCGAUAGAUACUGCAACAAUGUGCGGGCCUUGGAUGGCAUCUUGGAGUAUGUAUUCCUGGGCUUACUGAAGCUCACCCAGACGAACUUCAAGGAUACGGUGACGCCGGUUUGUUCCCGACUCCAGAACGUUUUGGCCACAUACCUGCCCAAGCUGGCCGAGGAGGAGACCACACGGCUGUACGAAGAGGCACAGGAUUUCCAUGGCCGGAUCUGCUACGAACCACACGAGACUCUGGAGAUUGUGGCGCACAUUCGAUUUCUAGACAAGUGCUCCACCGAACUGGACGAGAUAUUCAAUGGCAUCGAUUAUGUGCACGACCUGUUGCUCAUUAUCAAGGACUUUAACAUACCGAUCGAUGACGAUUCCAAGGAGGAUUACAUGGACACCGAAGACUAUUUGAAUAGGACGCGGGAGACGCUGGAGGAGAUCAGGGAGAAACGGCAGGAUUUCAUCAAUCGGCUCGAGGAUGCCAUGCAGGAUGACAUAGCGGCACUCAAGGAGGAGAUCCAUGAGGUGGCCAUCGAAGCAGUGCAGCCCUGGCUCCUGGAUGCCAAUUCCAACCGUUUAUCGGUCACAAACAAGUUAGAUGCCAUGCUGGAACACCUGAACAAAUGUCGCGAGACAGCCGACGAGUUCCUGGGCUAUCAGAAGGAGUUCCAGAUUGACUUGACCAUGUACGACGAGAUGGCCAGCGGUUUCUAUGACAUACGCAUGCGCCAGAAUCUCUAUCGCACAUGGACCGACUGGGAGGAAUCGCUCGCCGAGUGGAUUGUCGCGGAUUUCAACACUCUCAAUGUGGUGGACAUGGUUGAUCUGAAUGCCAAGACGAUCAAGAAUUGCUUGCAGUUCCAGAAGUAUCUGCCAGAAAACAACAUAGUCCCUGUGCUGCACAAAUCCGCGGAGGCAUUCAAGGACAAACUUCCGGUGAUCGGUUACCUGCGUAAUCCCAAUUUGAGAGCCCGGCAUUGGGCGGAGAUCGAGGAUCUGCUGAACCGCAAGUUCUUCCAAGAGAAGGACAUCCUAAUCCAGACAUACGAGGAGGUGCACGCAUUCGACGAUGUGGCCAUCGGCGAGGCGCUGAUGCAAAUAUCCUCGCAGGCCACCGGCGAGGUGCAGCUGGAGAAUAUGCUGAAGAGCAUCGAAACCACGUGGAAGGAGACGGAACUGGCCAUUGUCCCGCACCAUGACGCCAAGGACAUCUUCAUACUGGCCGGCACGGAGGAGUUACAGGCCGUCCUCGAUGAUUCGAAUGUGAAUAUCAACACGAUAGCAGCAUCCAAGUUUGUGGGCCCCAUCAAGGGCAAGGUGGACGAGUGGAUCAAUGCCAUGGACCAGUUUGCCAAGACCUUCGAAAGCUGGAUGGAUUGCCAGGGAGCUUGGAUCUACCUGGAGGCCAUCUUCGCCUCGGCGGAUAUCCAGCGACAGCUGCCCCACGAGGCCAAGAUGUUCUUCACGGUCGACAAGAGCUUCAAGGAGACGGUCCGCCAGGCGAAGAAGGUGGCGCUGGCACUGCCCACCAUGUCCAGCGUGGACGUGCACAAGGUGCUGGUGGAGAACAACCGAUUGCUGGAUCUCAUAUCGCGCGGAUUGGAGGCGUAUCUGGAGGUGAAACGGGUGGUCUUCCCCAGAUUCUACUUUCUGUCCAACGACGAGCUGCUGGAGAUCCUGGCACAAACCCGAAUUCCUCAAGCAGUGCAGCCGCAUCUGCGCAAGUGUUUCGAUGCCAUCUACCGAUUGGAAUUCGGAUCGAAGGAGGGCGGCGACGGCAAGAUGGUGGCCACCAAUGACAUCGUUGCCUUCCUGUCACCCGAGGGCGAGAAGCUCCAGUUUGGCAAGGGACUGAAGGCCCGCGGAGCCGUGGAGGAGUGGCUCAGCAAGGUGGAGGAGGCCAUGUUUGUGGCCUGCAAGCGGUACAUGCGAUUCGGUUACCAGUGCUAUCCGGCCAAGGAGCGCGAGGACUGGUUCCAGGAUCAUCCCAACCAGGUGGUGCUCACCGUCUCUCAAGUGCAAUGGGCCGCCGACAUUCAUCGCAUCUACGAGGGCAAGGAGCGCAAUCCCCUGAACAUUCUCGAGAAGAUGUCCAAGUUUGAGAUCAAGUGCCUGAAGGAUCUGGGCGCCCUUGCUGCGCUGACAAGGAAGAACAUUAGCUCACUGCUGCGCAAGAUUCUGUGCGCCCUGAUCACCAUCGAUGUGCACGCCAAGGAUUCGGUGCGCAUGCUCAUCGAAAAGGAGGUCUGCAAAGCAUCCGACUUCAACUGGCUGAAGAUGCUGCGUUUCUACUGGGCCGAUGAGACGGAAACGGUCUACUCCCGCAUGGCCGCCGCCAAUAUUCCGUACUACUAUGAGUACCUGGGUGCCGGCGGUGUCCUGGUGCUCACCCCGCUGACGGAUCGCUGCUACCUUUGCCUGAUGGGUGCCUUCCAGAUGGAUCUGGGCGGAGCUCCGGCCGGACCAGCCGGCACGGGCAAGACCGAGACCACCAAGGAUCUGGCCAAGGCGUUGGCCAAGCAGUGCGUCGUCUUCAAUUGCUCAGAUGGCCUAGACUACAAGAUGAUGGGGCGUUUCUUCUCGGGAUUGGCCCAAUGCGGUGCCUGGUGCUGCUUCGACGAGUUCAACCGCAUUGACAUCGAAGUGCUGUCCGUGAUUGCCCAGCAGUUGAUCACCAUCCGGACGGCCAAGGCCAUGCGGGUGAAGCGCUUCAUCUUCGAGGGCCGAGAGAUCAAGAUCAAUCGUUCCUGCUGCGUGUUCAUUACCAUGAAUCCCGGCUACGCCGGCCGUACUGAGCUGCCUGAUAAUCUGAAGGCCCUGUUCCGGCCCAUCUCGAUGAUGGUGCCCGACUACGCACUCAUUUCGGAGGUGAUUCUGUACUCGGAGGGCUUCGAGGAUCCCAAGAUCCUGGCCCGCAAGAUGGUGCAGAUGUACCAGCUGUGUAGCCAGCAGCUCAGCCAGCAGAAUCACUACGACUUCGGUAUGCGAGCCGUGAAGUCCGUCCUGGUGAUGGCUGGAGCACUCAAGAGAGCCUCGCCCAAUCAACGGGAGGAUAUCACCCUGAUUGCGGCUUUGAGGGACUCCAAUAUACCCAAGUUCCUGGCUGACGAUGCGAUCCUGUUUCGUGGCAUCCUUAGCGAUCUGUUUCCGGGCGUGGAGCUGCCGGACUCACAGCAUCCGCAUCUGGAGGCCAGUUUGCGACUGGGCCUGCGGCAGAAGAAUCUCCAGGCGGUGCCCACCACCAUCCGAAAGUGUUUGCAAUUGUACGAGACGAUGUGCGUCCGCUGGGGCGUCAUGUUGGUGGGUCCCACCGGUGGCGGUAAGUCCGUGGUGCUGCAUGCCCUGGAGUUCGCUCUCUCACAUCUCUUCGAGAACGAGGUGCAGGACCCAAACUUUCGGCCUGUGGUCAUCCAGACAAUGAAUCCCAAAGCGGUGACCAUGAACGAGUUGUACGGCUUUGUGGAUCUUAAGACGCUGGAGUGGCAGGAUGGCUUACUGGGCCUGGCGGUGCGAACUGCCACGACGGUCGAAGAUGAGAUUCACCAAUGGAUCAUGUGCGAUGGCCCGGUUGAUGCGGUAUGGAUAGAGAACUUGAACACGGUGCUGGAUGAUAACAAGAUGCUGUGUCUGGCCAACUCGGAGCGCAUCAAGCUGACCGCUUGGAUCCAUAUGCUCUUCGAGGUGCAGGAUCUUCUACAGGCUUCGCCUGCCACCGUUUCCCGCUGCGGCAUGGUCUAUGUGGAUCCAGGCGAUCUUGGCUGGAUACCACUGAUCGACACCUGGCGGGAGGUGGACAUGAAGUACAAGCUGCCCGCUCCACUGGCCGAGUUCUGCUACCAGCUCUUUGUGGGCUACUUCGACAAGGCGCUGAAGAUCGAACGGAAGCGUGCGGUGUACACCAUCCACCAGGUGCUCGGCUCCAAGGUACGACUGUGCUGCGAGCUGACCUCUUCCCAGUUGGAAGCGGUCAAAUGGUCAGCACUGGGUGAGGAGCGGGGCAAGGAACUGGUGACCAAGAUCUUCGCCUGGGCGGUGCUCUGGGCCAUUGCCUCUAAUCUCAAGGAUGCCGAGAAGAUGUCCUUCGAGGAGCAGUGGAGCAAGGCGAUUGCCCAACAUCCAAAUAUGAUCCUUCCCAACUUCACCUUGUGGAACUAUCGCAUCGACCUGGAGAAAAUGGACUGGGGCAGCUGGAUGGAUAUCAUGGCCAAGUUUAUCUUCGAUCCGGAAACUUCUUACUACGACAUGCAGGUGCCAACGGUGGAUACAACCAAAUAUGGCUAUGUGUCCGAUCUGCUGUUCAAACGGGGCAUGCCCGUAAUGGUGACUGGAGACACGGGCGUGGGCAAAACUGUCCUGGCCAUCAGCUGCAUGAAACGCCUGUCGCAGGGCAAUGUCAUCCCAGUGAUCCUCAACUUCUCCGCCCAGACGAGUAGCAUGCGCACCCAGGAGAUGAUCGAGGGGCCGCUGGAGAAGCGCAAGAAGACCCAGCUGGGUGCACCGGUGGGCAAAACCGUAAUCGUUUUCAUUGACGACGUGAAUAUGCCCAAGCUGGAUACCUACGGAGCCUCGCCGGCCAUUGAGUUGUUGCGCCAAUUCCUCGACUUUAAGGGAUUCUACGAUCGGGAGAAGCUCUACUGGAAGGAGAUCCUGGACGUGGUUCUGGGCUGUGCCUGUGCUCCGCCUGGAGGAGGUCGAAAUCCGCUCACUCCGCGCUUUGUUCGCCACUUUGCCUUGUUCUCUUUGCCGAAACCGAACGAGGAGACCCUAACCCAGAUCUUCAAUGGCAUCCUGCGGGGCUUCCUGCAAACGUUCUCCUCCGCAGUGAGAGCUCUCUCGGAGCCCAUGGUGAAUGCCUGCGUGGAUGUCUAUAUGCGGGUGGCCACCGUAAUGUUACCCACACCGGAUAAAUCGCACUAUAUCUUCAAUCUGCGCGAUCUAUCCAAGUGCAUACAGGGUAUCCUGCAGGCGAGCAAUCUGCACUACAACCAGGAGAACCAGAUACUCCGCCUGUUCUACCACGAGACCACUCGUGUAUUUCACGACAGGUUGAUUAACUUGGAGGAUAAGAGCAUUUUCAAGACCCUGAUGAAGGAGGUAUGCUUGGACCACUUUAAUCGGCCGGUGAUCAAUGAAAAUGAGCCACCGAUCCUCUUCGGGGACUUUAUGGUCUUUGGCAAGCCGAAGAACGAGCGCAUCUACGAUGAGAUCAAGGAUCAUGCAAAGCUGGAGAGCGUUCUCAACGAUUACAUCUCGGACUACAACUCGGUGGCGGUGGGCAAGCAGAUGAAGCUAAUUCUCUUCCAGGACGCCAUGGAGCACACGGUCCGCCUGGCGCGACUUUUGCGCAGCGAUCGCGGCAAUGGACUGCUUGUGGGCGUGGCCGGAAUGGGAAAGCAAUCGCUCACCCGGUUGGCAUCCCAUGUCAACGAGUACAACUGCUGGCAGAUCGAGAUGCGACGCAACUACGACCUAAAUGCUUUCCACGAGGAUCUGAGGGUCCUCUACCGCAUCGCCGGAAUUGAAAACCAACCGGUGACCUUCCUAUUGAUAGACAGUCAGAUCGUGGAGGAGGAGUUCCUUGAGGAUAUCAACAACAUCCUCAAUUCCGGCGAGGUGCCCAAUCUAUUCGAAGGCGAUGAGUUCGAGAAGAUCAUCUUGGACGCUCGGGAAGGAUGCAAUGAGACCAGAAAAGAUGAUCCCUGCACUCGCGAUGACAUCUACAAGUUCUUCAUCAACCGGGUGAGGAACAAUCUGCAUGUGGUGAUGUCGAUGAGUCCAGUGGGCGAUGCCUUUCGGCGCAGAUGCCGCAUGUUUCCCUCGCUAGUCAACUGCACCACGAUCGACUGGUUCACCAGCUGGCCAACGGAGGCCCUGUACUCGGUGGCCCUCGGAUUGCUCACAAAGAUCGCACCCAAGAUGGAGGAUCGCGUCUCGCUGGCCAGCACCACCGUCUUUAUGCAUAAGACUGUCGAGGAUGCCUCAGUGAAGUUCUACAAGGAGAUGAAGAGGCACUACUAUACCACACCCAGCAGCUAUCUGGAGUUGUUGAAGCUCUACCAGAAUCUGCUGAAGAUCAAAAACAUGGAGAUUAUAGCCAAGCGAAAGCGAAUCGCCAAUGGCCUCAACAAGCUACUGGAGACCAAUGAAGUGAUCGCUGUGAUGGGAAAAGAGCUGGAGGUGAUGGUGCCCCAGCUGGAUGAGAAAUCCGCCAUGAUGAAGUCCCUGGUGGACAAUUUGACCAAGGAGACCAAGCAGGCGGAUGCCGUGAAGCAAAGCGUGCUAGAGGACGAGAUGAAUGCCAAGGAGAAGGCAGCGGUGGCCCAGGCGAUAUCCGAGGAUGCCGGCAAAGACCUGGAGAUUGCCAUGCCCGCGCUGCGCGAGGCGGAGGAAGCACUAAAGGGUCUGACCAAGGCGGACAUCAAUGAACUGAAGUCCUUCACCACGCCGCCGGCUCUGGUGCAGUUCUGCAUGGAGGCCGUGUGCAUUCUGCUGGGCGUCAAACCCACCUGGGCAUCCGCCAAGGCCAUCAUGGCGGACAUAAACUUCAUCAAGCGGCUGUUUGAGUACGACAAGGAGCACAUGAAGGAGGACACCCUGAAGAAGGUCAAGAAGUACAUCGACCACAAGGACUUCGUCCCGGCUAAAUUCGAAAAGGUCUCCAAAGUGGCCAAGUCGAUGAGCAUGUGGGUAAUAUCCAUGGACAAGUUCUCCAAGGUGUACAAGGUGGUGGAGCCGAAGAUCAAGCGAAAGGAGGCUGCCGAAGCGGAGCUCAAGGAGGUGAUGACCGUGCUGAGGCAGAAGCAAAAGGAGCUGGCUGCCGUGGAGGCCAAGAUCCAGGGACUUCGCGAUAGUCUCGAGGAGAAGCAGCGCGAGUUCCAAGUCAUCCAGGACAACGUGGACUUGACCUACGGCAGGAUCAAUCGGGCGGGUCGCUUGACCUCCGCCCUUUCCGACGAGCAGGUGCGCUGGCGUGAGACGGUCAAGUCCUUAACCGGAGAUCUGGCCUGUGUGCCCGGCGAUGUCCUUGUGGCCGCCGCCUGUGUUGCCUAUUUGGGGGCCUUCUCGCACGAAUAUCGGCGGGACAUGAGUGCUCUGUGGGUGACCAAGUGCCGUGAGUACAAGAUUCCCUCCAGUCCCGAGUUCAACUUGCUCAAGGUGCUGGGCGAUCCGUACGAGAUGCGACAGUGGAAUGUGGACGGCCUACCGAAGGACAACAUAUCCAUCGAGAAUGGCAUAUAUGCCACCAGGGCUCUGCGCUGGGCCCUGAUGAUCGAUCCUCAGGAGCAGGCCAAUCGCUGGAUCCGUAAUAUGGAGCGGGCCAAUAAUCUGCAGGUUAUCAAGAUGACCGACUCGACCAUGAUGCGGGUGCUGGAGAACGCUGUGCGCCAGGGGUAUCCGGUGCUGCUCGAGGAGAUCAACGAGACCAUCGAUCCCAGCUUGCGGCCCAUCCUUCAGCGAGAAACCUACCGAUUCGAGGGUCGUACCUAUUUGAAACUGGGCGACAUGGUGAUUGACUAUGACGACAAUUUCAAGCUGUACAUGACCACAAAGCUGCCCAAUCCUCACUACCUGCCCGAGGUGUGCAUCAACGUGACCCUGGUCAACUUUCUGGUCACGGAGAGCGGCCUGGAGGAUCAACUGUUGGCGGACAUUGUGGCCAUCGAGCUGCCCGCCAUGGAGAUCCAGCGUAACGAUCUGGUGGUCAAGAUCAACUCGGACAAACAGCAAUUGCUGGCGCUGGAGGACAAAGUGUUGAAGUUGCUAUUCAACUCCGAGGGCAACAUUCUCGACGACGAAGAGCUGGUGGAGACACUGAACGAUGCCAAGGAAACGUCGCUGAUCAUUGCCGCUCGACUGAUUGACACUGAGGAGACGGAGAAGGUCAUCACCGCUUCCAGGGAGCGCUAUCGCAUCCUGGCCUCACGUGGAGCCAUCCUCUACUUUGUGGUCGCAGGCCUGGCCGAGAUCGAUCCCAUGUACCAGUACAGUCUGAAGUACUUCACCCAGGUAUUUUGCAAUGUCCUGCGACUGGACCAUCCCCCUCAGGCGGUGGAGGUGCGCAUUUCCACUCUGAUGACGGACGAGCUGAAGGCCAUUUUCGAUAACAUAUCCCGCGGCUUGUUCGAGAACCACAAGAUCAUCUUUAGCUUCCUGCUGGCGUUGUCGGUGGAACGGCAAGAGGGUCGGGUUAGCGAGGAGGAGUUCCUUUUCCUUUCUCGCGGCCCUGUGGGUAACAUUCGGCCAAAGACUCAGCCGGCGAACAUCAAGAUGAGCCAAAUCGAAUGGGAUUCAUGCAUCUUUUUGGAGGACAACUUCCGUAACUUCUUCAGCGGAUUUACCGACGAGCUGGACAAGCCCUUCUUCAUCGAAAUGCAGGAGAACAAGGAGGUCUUUGACUUCGCCCAGACGAAUCAGCCGCCAACGGACAAGUGGAACAAACGACUGAGGGUCUUCCACAAGCUGAUGUUUAUCUCCGCCUUCCGAAAACCGAGAUUCCUGCUCAACGUGGUCUGCUACCUUCAGUCCACCGUGGGCAAGUACUUUACCGAGGCAUCAGGAGGCACCCAGCUGAGCUCUGUCUAUUUGGACACCUCGGCUGUAACGCCAUUGAUCUUUGUGCUGUCCACCGGAUCGGAUCCAAUGUCUGGCUUCCUCAAGUUCACCACCCAAAUGCAGUUCACCGACAAGUACUACUCCAUUUCGCUGGGCCAGGGCCAGGGACCACUGGCGGAGAACCUGAUCGAGAAGAGCUUGCGUAUGGGCCACUGGGUGUUCCUGCAGAAUUGCCAUCUGGCCACCUCAUUUAUGCAGACGCUGGAGACGAUUGUGCGAAACCUGACACUGGGCAUCACCAAGACGCAUGCCGAUUUCCGACUCUAUCUCUCCUCCAUGCCCAUCCGAACGUUCCCGAUUAGUGUACUCCAGAAUUCGGUGAAGAUCACCAACGAACCGCCGAAGGGUAUCAAGGCAAAUGUGUUUGGGGCACUGACGGAUCUAAAGGCGGACUUCUUUGAGCACCACAUCCAGAAUGGCAAUUGGCGGGCAAUUGUCUUUGGGCUGUGCAUGUUCCAUGCGGUUUUACUAGAGCGCAGGAAAUUCGGACCGCUGGGAUGGAACAUCACCUACGAGUUCAGCGAGAGCGAUCGGGAAUGCGGCCUAAAGACCCUCGAUUUCUUCAUCGAUCGGGAGGUUCUGGAUGAGAUACCCUGGGAAGCCAUACUCUACAUCAACGGGGACAUCACGUGGGGCGGCCGAGUGACGGACUACUGGGAUCUGCGGUGUCUGCGCACCAUUCUGACCAUCUUUUCAUCGAAGAGGAUCAUCCAGCCGGACUACAAGUACUGUCGCGGUGAUAGCUACUAUCGGGAUCCGCGCAAGAAAACGCUUGGCGAAUACUCAACCUAUGUGCAGGGCUUUCCGGUCCUCGAGGAUCCUGAGAUCUUUGGCAUGAACCAGAACGCCAACAUCGUGUUCCAGACCAAGGAGACGUCCUUCUUUAUCAACACCCUGCUCCUGGGCCAGCCGAGAUCCGCCGCCGACGAGGGCCAGGCUAUGGAAAACGAGAUCGCCCAGCAGACAAUCGCACGCAUCCAGAAGGCGCUGGCCACCAAGAUUAAGAGGGAACCCAUCCACGACACGCUCUCUGUGCUGGACGCCAAGGGUCAAGUGCCAUCGCUGACCAUUGUGCUGGUCCAGGAGAUCGAUCGGUUUAACAUCGCACUGGGCAUCAUUCACGACAGCUUGGUCAAUUUGUCCAAGGCCAUUAAGGGCCUGGUGGUGAUGUCGGAGGAGCUGGAGAACGUGUUCAAGGCGCUGCUGUCCAACCAGGUGCCCGCGUCCUGGGCCAAACGGAGCUUCCUCUCGAUCAAGCCCCUGCCCAGCUAUAUAUCCGACUUCCAGCGGCGCAUCGACUUCAUUCAACAGUGGGCGGAGAACGGAGCACCUCGCUCCUAUUGGAUAAGUGGUUUCUUCUUUCCGCAAUCCUUCCUCACCGGCGUCCUGCAGACAUACGCCCGUCGCCGUGUCCUGCCCAUUGAUUCGCUGAAGAUCGACUUCGAUGUGUUCGAAAAGGAACUGGUGCAGCAGGACUUCUUUGAGAUGCACAUCAACAACAUGAAUGACCAAAAGCUAUAUGGCAACCUGGCGGAGUGCACCGAUGCCGUCAUCAAUGUGCAUGGGAUCUUCAUCGAAGCAGCUCGCUGGGAUUUGAGCAAAGGCGGCCUAUGCGAUGCCAACUUUGGGGAGCUCUUCUGUCGGAUGCCGGUGGUGAGGUUCAAGCCGUGUCUGGAGAUUUCCUCGACGGUGCGCUAUGAGGCGCCGCUCUACAAGACCCAGCAGAGAUCCGGUGUCCUCUCCACCACGGGCCAUUCGACCAACUUCAUACUGGCCGUCCUUUUGCGGAGCAAAAACGAUCCGGAGUUUUGGAUAAUGCGGGGUACAGCUCUGGUGUCCGCUGUAUUGGAAAAUAUUUGCUAGGUCUAGAUACAAUUGGCAGUUAUUGUUUUUUAUGCUGCUUACUUAAAGUCGUCUUUAUUUCGUUUCAUGUU